AUGAAGUUGAACCAAAAUAUAGAUGGACAAGAUAACGACUACGGAUCCUUUGUAAUAGGGCUAAGUCUCGCAAUAUCAUCGAGUAUAUUUAUUGGAUCUAGUUUUAUUAUAAAAAAAGUAGCAUUGAAGCGUAUGAAUGCUCUGGGAAAUAUUAGAGCGUCUGCAGGAGGGUAUGGAUACUUGAAACAAUGGCUAUGGUGGCUCGGACUCCUAACAAUGGGUGCAGGAGAGGCUGCCAAUCUAAUAGCAUACGGAUUUGCCCCAGCAGCACUUGUAACUCCUUUGGGUGCUCUAAGUGUACUUGUAGCUGCAGUGCUUUCAAGUAAAUUACUCAAUGAAAAACUGUAUUUCCUUGGAAAGCUUGGAUGUUUCUUAUGUCUGCUGGGUUCCGUUAUAUUUGUCAUGCACUCACCAAAACAUGAUGAGGUCACUAGUUUUGCUGAACUAUCAGAUAAAAUUACAAACUACACCUUUGUAUAUUAUGUUAUAACUAUAAUAUUGAUGUCUGUCAUUAUUAAGAUGGUCUUUGUUCCUCGUUUUGGUAACACCAAUGUGACAGUGUAUUUAUUAAUUUGUUCUGCGAUAGGGAGCUUAACUGUGGUGUGUUGUAAAGGAGUCGCUUUGGCCAUUAAAGAAACCAUAAAUACCAAUGUUAAUAAUAUAUCAUCAUAUAUAUUUUGGUUACUCUUAGGUUCCUCUAUAGCUUGUAUAAUGAUACAAAUGGUUUAUUUGAACAAAGCAAUAGAUAUAUUUAGUACAAAUGUAGUGACACCUGUGUAUUAUGUAAUGUUUACCGUGUUAGUCAUAAUGUCUUCUGGAAUUUUAUUUAGGGAGUGGGAACAUAUGAGUAUAGAAGACAUAUUAGGUUGUUUUGUUGGCUUUCUUAUUCUUAUGAUUGCUGUUUUUUUACUGAAUAUCGUAAAAGAAACGCAAUAUAAUUCAAAUAAUAUUGUUGUACACUAAUUUAAAUUAUGUUACCUGACAUUUAAAAUUUUAUGUUGUAGUAUUAUUAAGUUAUUAAAUUUGUAUUGUUAUGAUAAUAAUAAGUAUUUUCUUACAAGAAA